GGCUCGUUCUCAACCGAUUAAAAGAAUUCAAGGUAAUGCAAACGGUAGAAAAAAGAAUGCAGCUUCCGUUGGCGAUAAACCGCGACCAGGAAUUGGAAAGCCAAAGCUGAUUGUUGAUGCACGAAUGAAGAUCAUCCAGAAGAAGCGUGCACAAAUUACAGAUGCUCGGGAUAAAUUAGUCGAGAUCGCCAGGAAUAGUGGAGAUGCCAGGUUGAGAUUACUGAAACGCAAGGGCAAAUUGUCCACCGCGAAUGGAUCGCCCAAGAAAGAACCCAAAACUGGAGGGAGACCGUAUCGUGAUAGUAUGGAUGUUGAUUAUGACAUGGAAGUGGACAUUCGUCGUCCAAUCGGGUCGCUUAAACGAACCGUUCGCAACGAAAUGUUUACUGUGCCCAGCACAAUGCCUCCUUUGCCAACUUUCAGUAGGAAUGUCCGUAACUCGCCUCCUGCACAAUCAUUUUCAGCGUCAUGGGGCAGUGAUCCGUUCGAUUGUUACGAAGUGCAUACAAGUCGUCCUGUUAUUCGAAAAGCACCUCCACCAGCGCCGCUUCCCCACUUCGACGACCUACCUCCUACACGCGGGAUGGCACGAACGAGAUCCCCUCAUCCACCUCAUCCCAUGUAUGCAGAGGAUAGGCCCCAUCUUUCGUCCACAAUGCGAGCUCGAUUGGAACGGGCGCCCAAUCCCGGUGAAUCGAUGAGAAUUUUCUCGAAAAUGACUUCCGAUGAACAUAUGAGUAGCAGCAGCAGACACCAUCACCAUCACCAUCAACAUCAACAGCCACUUUCUCCUUCGUCAUCACCACCCAUCACCGGCUACAGAAUCGUUGUUAGUAAUUUACACUCCACUGUAACACAGAACGACAUUAAGGAGCUUUUUGAAGACAUUGGCGAUCUGCUCGAGUCACGUCUGGUGCGUCCAGGAGUAGCGGAGGUAAUUUAUCGAACUCUGAAAGAUGCCAAAGAGGCCGUUGAUACGUACCACAACAGACAGCUUGACGGCCAACCGAUGAAAUGUUUGCUUGUGAAGCCACGGGCAUCGAAUAAACCCACAGCGCCGGCCAUCGUGUACUCGAGCUCUUCAAGAACCUUGAAACCCUCUUCACUCACAUCAUCGUCGGCGUCGAAGAAGUCACACGUUGAGAUAGAUAUCGAUGCUUUGCAUACUGUGCUUUUCAGAAGAGAUCACUAGGAAAAUACGUCCUUACAUACUUUUAGAAAUUUCAUCCUUCUCACAAAUGU